UCAAAAAAACAAAAACCAAAAAACUCGACCAAAACCCAAACUCACAGGCGGUUCAUGAUUCACCAACACAUCCCCAAUCUGUCCGGCUCUACUUGUACAUUUCAAUCUGCUCUACUUCACUCUCUUCCUACUCUCCAAUUUUGGAUAUCACAACGACAAUACGACAUUGAUGUCUAUCACUUAGUUGUCGCCCCAAUCAGGAAUUGGUCAGAAAAGCUCAUGGCUGCACUUUGAACCACUUAUCAGCUCAUAUGUACAUCAGUUCAGUUUUCUAAUCCCUUUUUAUAGUUUUGUUUGUAUCAUUCACGGCAAGAACCCCAAAUCGUAAGAAUGCUAUUAAGUCACAAAGUUGUCAAACCGUCAUUUUGUUUUUGGCACCGAAAAGCAGGACCAGUAUUUGGUGUUUAUAAAAACUUCACCAAUCACACUCAUUACAUCUAUGCUUUUUUUUGCACGUCUUUGGAGACACUGAAUCGCACUGAUUCUCUCAAUAUUGUCGAAUCAUUCGAACUUCCUGAUUGGGUCAAGUUUUGUGAACACGAAAACCCUUCUAUCAAUGAUUCAGAUGAUGACUUUGUGUUACCUGAAAUUGCUAAAUGGGCUGACACCAAGAAGCUACAUGUUGAUCGUAGCAAGCAUGUGAAAGACAUGGUAGGUGACAUAGUGGAUAGAGAUGUCAAUAGGUUGGCUGAAGUUUUAAAGGGAUCAUUUGAGUCACUCGAUGCUGUUGGCUAUGCCCUUGCUAAGUAUCGUCAGAUUGAUUUAUCUGAGAGUUUGGUGGAAAGGAUUUUAUUGAGAUUUCGUCAUGAUUGGAUAUCAGCAUUUGGUUUCUUUAAAUGGGCCAUAGAUCAAACUAGCUAUUUGCAUACCGAGAAUUGUUAUAAUUUGAUGGUUGAUAUAUUGGGUAUGUCGAAAAAAUUUGAAUUAAUGUGGGAGUUGGUUGAGUAUAUGCAUAACAUGGGAGGAUUGGUUUCCAUUGUCACAAUGACUAAGGUUGUGAGAAGGCUUUCUAGAGUUGGGAAAUAUGAUGAUGCUGUUGAGGCAUUUCAGAAAUUUGCGCACCUUGGUUUGACCAAAGACACAACAGGAAUGAACAUACUAAUGGAUUCCUUGGUGAAAGGAAAUAAUGUCGAGCGUGCUCAGGAUGUAUGUGUGCAAUUAAAGAGUGAGAUUGCUCCUGAUUCUCACACGUUUAAUAUCUUGAUUCAUGGCUGGUGCAAGGUCAGGAAAUAUAGUGAGGCAAGAAAAGUAAUGGAGGAGAUGGAGAAACAUGGGUGUCGCCCUGAUGUGGUGUCAUAUACAUCUUUUAUUGAGUAUUAUUGCCGAGAGAAGAAUUUUCGGAAGGUUGAUGGAAUUAUGAAUGAGAUGGAGCUAAAAGGUUGCCCUCCCAAUGUUGUGACAUAUACUAUUGUGUCGCAUGCGCUGGGAAAAGCCAAAGAGCUUAAUGAAUUACUUGAAAUGUAUAGGAAGAUGAAGCAAAAUGGUUGUGUUCCUGAUGCCUCCUUUUAUAAUUCUAUGAUUUUCGUCCUUAGUAAAUCUGGAAGGUUUAAGGAUGCAUGUGAUCUCUUUAAGGAUAUGUCAAAUCAGAAGGUUGCUCCCAGUGUCUCGACAUAUAAUACCAUGAUCUCUUCUGCCUGUGCUCAUUCAAAGGAGGAGUAUGCUCUUGAGUUACUCAAAGAAAUGGAGGAGAAAUCUUAUAGACCUAAUCUCUUGACUUAUACACCAUUGUUAAAAAUGUGUUGUGCGAAGAAGAGGAUGAAGGUUCUCAAGUACUUGCUACAUGACAUGUUUCUGAAAAAUGUCAGUGUUGACCUUUCAGUAUAUUGUUUGCUUGUAAAUGGACUAUGUAAGAAUGGGAAAUUAGAGCAUGCUUGUUCUUUCUUUGAACUAAUGCUCUUAAAAGGAAUGGUUCCUAGCGAUAAUACAUACCAGUUGCUGAUGGAAAAACUUGAACAGAAAGGGAUGAGGAAAGCCAAGCAGCUGAUAGAAGAUAGAAUGUCAAAGGCUAAAGUAUCACCCAUGUCGUAAGGCUUGCAAUCCCUUAAGACGGAUGGAAUUUUUCCAUGGCGAAAUUUGUGAAUGGAACUCAUUUUAAGUUUCUGCCUUCUUUUUGCAUAUUAUGAUGAUAAACAUAUAAUUAAAUUGAACAAUUUAAAUACUAAAAUGUUGUAGAAGAGUUUACAUGAAAUGACUACUUCCGAGUUCUGUGGCAAA